AUGAAAUCAGAUUUUUCUAAUGAGAACAAAGUUAUUAUUUUACUUAUUUUUCUUCUUGAUUCAUAUGAUCAUCUUGUUAUGACCUUGUUGCAUAAUAGUACAUCACUUGUUUUUAAAGAUGUUAUUAACUUAUUGAUGAAGUAUUAUCAUCGAAAGAAGAAUGUUGGUAAGACUCAUGAUGAAAGUUUAUAUGUGAAGGGUGAAAGAAAACAUAGAAAGUACAAAGAGAAGAAAUCAUCAGAAGACAAUAAUAAUUGA